CGCCCGAGCCCGAAACCUAUCUUCGGUUCAAUAGACCCGAGCCCGCUCUGGGCCCAGGUUGAGCCGGUCUCAUCUCUAGAACCCACCUAGAGGGGGAGGGGGUCAUGGCGCAGACUGCGCCAUUGAAAUUUUAGGGGCGUGUUGUGAGAGGUAUUUUUUUUCUUUUUUAAGGGACUCUUGCUCUUGGGGAAUAUUUGCAAUAUUUAGGGGUGCCCUCCUGCUCAUUGGGAGGAAUAGCACGCCUGGAAAAGGGAAUGCAGUCCAAUUUCUGCCAAGAAUUUGUAGGAACUGAUUAUUUGAAAAGAAUGUUUUUUUUUUAAAGUAAAAUCUGGAAGAAUUUAUGAAUUCAAUUGCUUAUAUCUUGUACAACGCUUUAUAACUUAACGUCCAUUCUUGAAUCUUUCAAUUUCGACGCAUCUAUGGGAAACAAUGACAUGGAAAGUAUCAACGAAGCUCUGAGCUGCAUGGUUUUUCUUGCGCUUAAAUAGUCUGCUUCGAAUUCCAUAUGUUGCACAUCUAUUAAUACCUUAAUGAAAGCAGUAAAAAGAAUUAAAUACAAUUUUCAUUUUUGACAAUCUUAUCCACACCCUCAUCUAAUCUUAGAUAUAUAUCGAUAAAAAUAUAUCGCCCCACUUCGCGGAUGGAAUCGCUGAUUUAAUCCUCGUUGCCAAAUCUUUGAUCAAAACGUUUAGUCAUUAAAUACCGUCAAUUAAACUCAAAACGAUUGCCGAAUCCAGGUCUAUAAAAUCAGUAAUUUUCGAUUUUUCCUCGAUUGUCCCCCACCCUGACAUAUUUAAUUAACAACAGGAUGCGUUUAUCCCCCAUUGUGUUACCGUAACCGUGUUAACUUCACUCCCACCCGCUCUAGAAAAAUUAAAAAUAGCACACCUUCAUUUUUCUUUACGUUUAGGCUGAGAGUUCCUUGGCACUUGGCGAUUUCUCUGCAGAGCCUUUGGCGACAACACUAUUGCUUUAUAUACAGUGAACGUACAACCUGCUGAACCACUGCCGAUUGCACGUGUGACCCAGUUUUUGCUUGGGAAGUUAGUAGUUUUCUCCGUGGUGCCUACGCGGCGAUCAGCUGGCUUGAUCUUUACUUCUGCUGACUUCAGCUUGACGAGAUUGCGGCUUCCACACAGAAGAUGAAGUUCAGUAUUCUGUUCUGUAUAUGUUUGGCUGUGGUGGCAGCAGACCCUAAAGACGGAUCAACAACACCUCUUACUCCUGCAGCUUCCGACAAACCACAACAUACAAUCCAGCAUCAAUCUUCAUUGAAGGAUGGCACGAAUCAACACCCAGAUUCGAAGGAGUCCCAAGACUCGAGUGCCGCGACGUCAUCUGAAGAAUAUAGGCAGUUGUCAGCAGAAGAAGUGAAGCAGCUGUUGCUGAAGGUCGUGGACGAGAACAUCGACAAGGACAACGAUGGUUACGUCACUUCAGAUGAACUCAAGAACUGGCUUGGUGUUCUUCAGGAGAAAGUGAUUCAGGAUAACGUGAACAGGCAGUGGGCCUACUACGGUCCGCAGACUGAGGAUGUGUUGUCCUGGGAGGGAUACUAUCCCGAGCGAAAGCAAGUCGUCACGUGGGAGAGGUAUCUCAAUCUUACGUAUCCCGAUGAGGCACUAAAAGAAGGUGAACCAAAGACUCAAGAAAUGAAGGAAUUAAAAGAUAUGAUUCGUCGCGCAGAGCGUCGCUGGAAGAACGCCGAUGUGGACGGUGACGGUAGCCUGUCCAAGGAAGAGUUUCGAGACUUCAUCCACCCGGAAGAGUCCCAGAGGGCAGGGGGUGUGGCUGUGCUGGAAGCCAUGGAAGACAUGGAUCUGGACAGAAACAAGGAAGUUUCUCUUGAAGAGUACAUGAAACACCUGAAUAAGGUGUCUGGAGAGGAGAAGGAGGAUCCUAACUGGGCUUCUGCACAACAAGGUCACUUCACAGACUUCCUGGAUCGUGACAAAGAUGGCAGUCUGAACGAAGCAGAGAUGAGGGAAUGGGUGGUGCCCACCUACGAUAGGAGCGAGGCCGAAGCCUGGAGGUUGAUCUCCAUCGCUGACCACGACCAAGAUGCCAGGCUAAGCAGGAAGGACAUCGAAGAGCACCACGAAUAUUUUCUCACGCUUCUACCGCCAGAGUACUGGGUGCAAGAAUAUCCAUCUGACAACUCUCAGCAUGACGAAUUCUAAAUAUCUGCUGCAAGUUAGAAACCUUCCGAGCCGAACUUAACCCGAAGAUCUUUCGCCUUCCAAGAUUUCGUUCCAUGCGCACAAUAUGCCUGAAACAUUAACAAGUCUUCCAGUUAAUCAAAACAGAAAAAAUUAUAAUAGACUACAUAGGGCAUUUAGAUUUGGCCUUUAAUUUAUUGAUUAGGGCAUUGAUGGAAGUAAAAAUAGUAACUGAUCUUUUCAAUAAUUUAAUAAAGCCCUAGCGGGUGAUGAAAUAUCAGUUAUUCAUGGCAGAAUUAUGUGCUGCAUAACUGUUAGAUUUGUGAUUUUUUGCAAUUCGCAAGUUUUAAACUUUUUUAAGUUUCUUGUAAAUAGUAAAUGCUUUUUGAGCAAUAUGUUUCUGUGUGGGAUCUUGUUCCUAUUGUGGUUGCCGACAUUCCAACAGUAAACUUUCUACACGUGGUCAUCUGAUGUACAUAGCUUUUUCUAAGAUCAGAGUAUACAACUUUUUACAAUUAUUUUCUACUUAAUCUUUUGGUGAUAUGCACAAUUGUUAUUGGAAUGUAUUUUUGUUCAAUAAAGUGAUUUUACAUGUAAAUAUAUUCUUUGCAAGAUUAAAGGGAUUGGAAAUCCAUAUACAAACAACGGU